CGUCACCGGACGUUCAUUUCGCGGAAAAAACGUUUCUGAACACUCAAUUCGCGGAAAAAAUAUCACCAGACGUUCAUUUCGCAGAAAAAGCGUCUCCAGAUGUUCAAUUCGCGAAAAAAACAACACCAGACGUUCAAUUCGCGGAAAAAACGUCACCAGACGUUCAUUUCGCGGAAAAAAUGUCACCAGACGUUCAAUUCACGGAAAAAACAUCACCGGACGUUCAUUUUGCGGAAGAAAAUAUCACCAGAUGUUCAUUUCGCGGAAAAAAACAUCACCGGACAUUCGUUUUGCAGAAAAAAUAUCACUGA